ACGCGAGCGGCCAACGCCACCCGCUCGCCGCUUUCUUGUCAGCACGUCUUUCGCCGGCUGCAGCAGCAGCGGCAGAACUGCCUCACUCGGGAGCUCAGCGGCGAAGGUGCAUUCCAGGCUUGCGAUCCUCGUUUGUGGCGGGACUUCAAAUGGUGCCGCGGCUUCACUAACUCGGAUAUAGGGUCCCUCUAGCACGCGCGCGCGCGUGUGUGUGCAUCUCGGGCGGCAUGGCGGUGUUCAGCAAGUACGCUGAACUGUUGGACUACCACUUGCCCUACAACUGCUACGAGAUCGGCCACACCUGGACCCCGUCCUGCGUCGACGCAUCCGUCUACGUUGGACUGCACGCUUUCAGGGAGUCGCUCAAGAUCUACCUUCCGUUGUACGCGGCCUCCCUGGUGUACAGCAAGCGUUACGAUGGCACCGCAGUGAAGCGCACGCUUCAGGCGGUCCUCAUCUCAUCUUUCUUCCUCAGCUUCAACGCGUUCGCCUUCAUCGCUGUCUUCUGCUCGCUCAGGAGGCUGGUGGGGCGGUUCAACUUCCUGAAUGCCUCCUACCUGCCGGGUUUCCUGGCCAGCCUUCUGGCCAUCCUAAUUGAACGCAAGAGCAGGAGGCAAGCGUUGGCCAUAUACGUCUGCAACAUAGCCUCGGAAACCAUCUUCCGCAUGAGGGUCUCCCGCAAGGAUUUCCGACCGAUCAAGCAUGGCGAGGUGAUGCUGUUCAGCGUGGCGUCCGCGCUCUUCUUGUACGUGAUCCGGCGCAGCGGCUUCUCGAACGACCCCGUGAGCCGGGCCUUCCAGUUCAUCGUGGGUCGCGAGGAAGUACUCUCGUCGUCGCCCCGCGGUUCGUGUUCGCACACGCCCAGUUCGUCGGGCAGCUCGCCCACGCCGCCCAUCCUGCGCGCCGGGGUGGACAGUCCUCCCGAGGACCUCGCCGCUCGCAGCGAGGCCCAGGAAAAGGCCUGGCAGCUCGUCCACUACGUGUCUCGUCUCCUCGACGACCAAGGGUCGUGGAUGCAGAAGAGGCUCACCGCGCUGGGACUGAACGCCAGGCACUGGUCGUGCGGGCACAAGCGCGGAUGCGCGGCGCACGUCUUCCAGGGUUUCCUGCGCUCCUUCAUGCUGGGCUGUGGCCUGCGGGUGCUGUUUCGGCUGGUGGCCACUCGACGUCACCUAGCGCAGGACGUGAGCCGCGUCUACCCGACGCUCCUCCGUCGGGACAACCUCUGGCUGGGCGCCUUCCUCGGUUCCUUCGCUGGCAUCUACAGGCUAGUAAGCUGCCUGCUGCGGUGGAGUGGCGAUGGUCGCAGUGACUGGCACGCUCUGCCGGCUGGUCUUCUGGCAGGCCUGUCCAUGUUCUGGUACCCAAGUCCCAGCAUCGCACUCUACCUAGUCUGGAAGCUCGUCGAGAACGUCUACAUGGCUGGCAUGGACAAUGGCGUUCUUCCGUGCGUUCCCAACGCGCCGGUUCUCCUCUACUCUGUCUCCUGCGCGGUGCUUUUUUACGCGGCGGUCUUCGAACCUCACAAUCUCAGGCCGACGUACUGGACGUUCCUCAACAGGUUGUCGUGCGGCAGAUUUUCGCUGCUGAACCGCCACGUGUACGACAUGUUCGGCGUGCACUCCUCCAAGCUGUUCGAUGACUUUUGGCCCAAGCUGGACUUGAAGUUCACCACGCGCAGGUUUCAAGAGUCGGUCCUCAUCUGGGUGCCGUUUUGACGAAUAGCCAGAAAUGGAAGAAAGAAGAAAUAAUGUGUGAUAUGGCUAAAUGAAUGUUCUCAUUCAGCCCCCCCCCCCCCUUUCCAUUUUUUUGUAUUGCAGUUAUGUCGCGAAGCCUCUUAUUCCACCGCAAUAAGUUUGCGACCACUCGAGAAUCUGGUGUUGGUGGAAUGUGCAAACUGCGAAAUAGCCGUAUGUGAAUGUUUAUUUUUUAUAAUAUUUUCUUCUCACUGGAACUUUUUUAGGAGUGUCAUUCUGUACGCUUUUUCGGGACGUGUGAUUUCCACCCACCCCCUUUUUUUGUUGCAGUGCCUCACAGAGGUCUGUGAGAAAGGGGGGGGGGGGAUACACUCUCUGCUUUCACCUGGUCUUCCAGCCCUUUCCAUCACUCCGACCUCCUCACAGAGACGGCAGACCAUAAGCCUGCGCACGAUAAGGUAGGGCGGGAAAGGGUGGCAGCACAACACUACACUCUUCCCAACUCCUUAGGGGGGGGGGGGGCAGCCACUUCGUCAUUCACCGCGUUUUUAUCGUUAGGACCUCAGUGUAAGUGUACGAGAAGAGUGUAGAGGGACGCUGUGAAAGAACAUCGCCUCUACCCCCCUCCCCACCGAAUCCGGAACUCCACGCAUGCCUAUGGCCGGAAAGACGGCCGGACAGGACAGUGAUUGCGCAGUCCAGUCCAGCUGCAUACGAUCGUUGAACUUCCGACUGUUGCGUUGAUUGUUCCUCCGCGUGUUACACUUGGGGAAAAAAAAGGGGGCGACGAACAAGGGAGAACAAUAGACAAGAAGUGUUUAAUGAACGUCACGGGAGUCAUCGCAAUAUAUCAUUGUAGCAAUAUGCUUUUACACGUGCGCAUACUGGCGCAUGCUGCGGGAAAGAUAAUUUAAAUUUCCGAAAGUAUCGACUCCUUGUACCUCCACGAUUCACGCAAGCUCAGUUUCUUGGCUUCUUUAUAUUUUGACAUCUAAAUACCGUCAUCGGCCAUAACAACACCCGCCAUCUCAACACCGGUUGUCGAUUCUUACAAAAACCGGCUAUUCGCUGCGCUCCAUCUAAUUGGUGUUAAAUUGAAAAUAGCUCUAAUCAGGAUGGCCAUCACGAUACUUUUUUUUUUGUAGUAUUCGUCGUCUUACCAAACUUGCUGUGCUCACCUUGAGGCUCCGUUUACGAAGUAGAUUUGCAUAUUCCAGGUGUGAGGACAUACAGACGUGUGCGCCUCUCGAAGGGUUGCACGGCAGACUCUCUCGCUCAAGAGGCCUUGAAAUCGCAAGAAUGUUGUCGAUAACAGGGGGUUUUUAAAGCGCGCUAUGAACAAGGUGUUUUGCAGGGUGAGGGCGCGAAGCACUUUUGUAAGAACGCCUCUGUUGUUUUCCUUCCUGUUUGUAAAUUUUGCUGCGUUAUAUAAUGGGCGACAGCUAAACCCGGCUGUACCUUUCGCGAUAGGCGAUGUCUUGUCGCUUUUGUAUAUACACACGAGAGGAAAUAAACUUGUACAUAACCCAUCUCCUUGA